UCUGAACUUCUUCAUUUUAUCUUCUUCUCAAAUUAUAUUGUUCUCCUUUUUUGUUUCUGGGAUUUCUAGACUGGCCGAGGAGAGCAACAGAAAGAGGGAAAAAGAAAUCUAUGAGAAUUAUCUGUAUAUUUUUUGGUUAAUAUUAUAAUUUAUAUUUUAUUUUUGUUGAUUGGAUUUUUAUAAUUCUGUGGUUUGUUAGAUUUUUUAUUAAGAGUUUAUUUUUUUGGUUCCUGGAGUUGGUUUGAUCAAAUUCCUGUAGCUUAAGUAAGUUAUUUUUUUUAGGGGAAUUCUCUUCUACGAAUUGGUAGAAUUUGGUGAAAUUUUUGAAUUCUGAUCUAGGUUUUGGAUAUAUUUGAAAGGUCUGAUCUUGAAGUUGAUUGGAUUUUCAUAGUGUCGUAAUACAAGAUUUGUGGGUCUUUUUUUUAUUUAGCUUGUAUCUUUAGCCUCUGCAAAGAACUGAACUUGAUUAAUAUUAAGGUUCCUUUGGCAAUUCUCUUGGAGCUUCUUUUAGUUUACUCAUUCGAGUUACAACACACGUGGGGAUUGGGAAAUCUGAGGUUUGAGGGUUCGAACUUUAUCUGGUGUACUUGCAUUUUUAUCAGACAGGGAUCUUUUUAGUCAUUUAUAUUGUGUAAGGAACAUAAGUUGAUGUUUUCGGAAGCAACAUGGCUGCCGGGACUGAUUUUUCGCCUCUGUUUACUACCGUAGAAGGUGGUUAUAAUAGUGAUGAUAAUGUGGCUGCUGCUGAGAAAGAUGGUAUAGAUGAUUUGAGGAAAUCCUCGAAUGGUAAACCUCCGAGGAAUCUAUCUGUUGCACGGCAUUCUAUGAACACUACAACACUAGUCUCACCCUCUAAUUUGGAUUAUGAUCUUGGGGUGAUUGAAAUCAAGUCACCUUCAGAUGUAAAUUCAAGCUUCAUACCAGUUUUUCGAUCUGGAAGUUGUGCUGAGAAAGGACCAAAGCCAUACAUGGAGGACGACCACAUAUGCAUAGAUAAUUUGCCUCAACAUUUAGGCGAGAUUGCAGGUUUUCCUUCUCUUGGAGCUUUCUACGGGGUGUUUGAUGGUCAUGGAGGUACGGAUGCAGCAUCAUUCGUUAGGAAUAACAUUCUCAAGCUUAUAGUUGAAGAUUCGUGUUUCCCUGCUUGUAUAGAAAAAGCAAUUAAGAAUGCGUUUCUGAAAGCUGAUUAUGCAUUUGCUGAUGAUAGUUCCCUCGACAUAUCCUCUGGCACCACAGCCCUGACUGCAAUCAUAUCUGGAAGGUGAGACAUUGAAAUACUUUUCUUCUAUUAAUGCACUUGACUUGUAAUUCAUCAGAAGGGCUUUGCUAGAGGUACAUAAUUUUUUGUACAUAUGGGUGUCCACACCCUCGCAUGGGGUUCUAUACAAAAAUUAUUUACAAGUAGACUUUUCCUUAUCAAAAUAUGCCUCAACUUGGGAUUUGAGACAGUUGUGCAUGUAUGAAGUUCAAACAUACGACAUACCAAAUUUAUGCUAGCCUUUUCUAUUAAUCAAAAGGAAAAAUUAUGUAUACUGAUAUAACUGAGUUGCGGAGGAAAGAAAUAGAGGGAAGAGGACUUUGUAGUUUGUUUCAUUUUGUAUUUGCCUGUGUA